CUCCUCCCCCGCCGCCUCCACCCAUGCCGGCAUCAUCGCCUGCAGGCGCUCCCCCUGGCCCUCCGCCACCUCCGCCGAUGCCUGGAAUGGGAGCACCCCCUCCUCCUCCAGGUCCAGCGCCAGGCGCCCUGCCAUCGGGCCCACCGGCUGCAGGUGGGAGGCCGGCCGGGUUCCUAGGCGAGAUCCAGGCGGGCAGGGCGCUCAAGAAGACGACGACCAAGGACAAGAGCCAGGCGGCUGUUGCGGGAAGAGUCUUGGAUUAGUGUGACGGCAAUCGCGUGAAGUGGACCGAGGGGCAGGGAAACGUUGUGGUUGGCGAGGAGGGAGAAGAUGGCGACGAAGAUGACGAGGACUGGAACCAGGCCACACCUCUCUCUGGUACCAGUGAGGAUCUAAGUCCUACGGUGCCAAUCCAGGACUAUCUUGAUUGCGUUGAGGAGACGUGGAAUGUUGUGUAUGAUGGCGAUUCGAGUGAAGAAGGGAAGAGGGAAGAUCAGAUGGGGAAGGGGUGUUCUGGCCUGAGCUCUCGGACCAGGAUGUCAUCUGCAGGCGACUCCCUCAGCAUGGCACUUCUAAAGUUUUGCGAAGAGCAUGGGAUCGAGAGGGAUGGCUAGGCUCCAGCAGGUCAGAGACGAUGGAUCUAGGUUGGGAGUUGUGUGUGGGAGGAGGGGUCACCUUUUUGGUUCCUGCGUCUAUAGUACUUUAUAUCAUCAUCACAUUAGUCCUAC